CCCACAGGAACCAAACCAGAGGGGAGCAUGGAGCUGUUGUCAACCCCCCACAGCAUUGAGAUCAACAACAUCACCUGUGACUCCUUCCGCAUCUCCUGGGCCAUGGAGAACAGUGACCUAGAGAGGGUCACCCACUACUUCAUAGACCUCAACAAGAAGGAGAAUAAGAACUCUAACAAGUUCAAGCACCGGGAUGUUCCCACCAAGCUCGUGGCCAAGGCUGUGCCGUUGCCCAUGACAGUGAGAGGCCACUGGUUCCUGAGCCCCCGCACAGAGUACAGUGUGGCCGUGCAGACAGCUGUGAAGCAGAGUGACGGGGAGUACCUCGUGUCUGGCUGGAGUGAGACGGUUGAGUUCUGCACUGGGGACUAUGCCAAGGAGCACCUGGCUCAACUGCAGGAGAAGGCGGAGCAGACUGCAGGCCGUAUGCUUCGUUUCUCUGUCUUCUACCGCAACCAUCACAAAGACUACUUCCAGCACGCCAGGACCCACUGUGGGAACAUGCUGCAGCCCUACCUGAAGGACAACAGUGGCAGCCACGGUUCGCCCACCAGUGGCAUGCUCCACGGUGUCUUCUUCAGCUGCAACACGGAAUUCAACACAGGCCAGCCUCCCCAGGACUCCCCCUAUGGCCGCUGGCGCUUCCAGAUCCCCGCCCAACGCCUUUUCAACCCCAGCACCAACCUCUACUUUGCAGACUUCUACUGUAUGUACACGGCCUACCACUAUGCCAUCCUGGUGCUGGCACCCAAGGGCUCCCUGGGGGACCGCUUCUGCCGUGACCGCCUGCCCCUCCUGGACAUUGCCUGCAACAAGUUUCUGACCUGCAGCGUGGAGGACGGGGAGCUGGUCUUCCGCCAUGCCCAGGACCUCAUCUUGGAGAUCAUCUACACUGAGCCCGUCGACCUGUCAUUGGGCACCCUGGGAGAGAUCAGCGGGCACCAGCUCAUGAGCUUGUCUACUGCCGAUGCCAAGAAAGACCCCAGCUGCAAGACCUGCAACAUUAGUGUGGGCCGCUAG